GUUAUACUUGCUUGUUUAGCAGGAUUGCUAUAAAUAAGGAUCCACAAAUCUGAAACACAAGCAAUACCUAACAUUACUUACAUGAAUUUUCUGAAUGAAGUCCAUGGAUGUAACUCAAAUUCAUCUUAUAAUCCAGCGCUUCUGUCUGCUAAAAAUGGGACACAUAUCCCGGUGAUGGUGAUGUCAGUACUCAGUCUGUGUUUGAUUGGUUUAUUCAAAUGGACAACAUGCCUUGACUGACAAAUAGUGGCACACCCUUUACUGUGUCAAUACAUUUAAAAAAAUUCUCUGGGUGUUUAGAAGGAGAAGGUUAAGUGUGUGAUGAUCAGACUGCAGUGGCAUGUUAAGUGUUGGCACUCGAUUGCAACUAGUCCUGUUUUUUACUGAUCACCUGACAAAAUAUAAGACAAAAUGCUUGUUGAAAAUAUUGUAAAUAUUAAAAGUAUUUUGUCAUAUUGUCUUAAUAUUCUAUAAUAUAUUCCUUCUGACUUAUUUAGUUUUGCAGGUUUGUUGUUUAAAACCUAUGUUGGCUUCAUUUCUGCUGGAUUUGAUGGCGCAUCCACCUGUGUGAUGAUUUUUGCAGUGUCCAAAAACAUGAAAUUGGGUCCCCUGAGAAAAAAAACUAUGGAAAUAUUCACAGCAGCAAGAAAGCAAAUACCUCUCCAAUCCCAAACCCCCCCUACUUUCACUCUCCAAGUUUAUACUAAGCAACGCUGAAAUCCUUCACUAACAAGUAGAAAUUCAGCUUUUGAAAUUCUGGUUGAAUGUCAAAACAUUUUUGAGGUGCCACAUAAGACACUCCAGCAUCAAAAGGAGCCAAGAGGCCUGUCAUCUCACACACACACACACACACACACACACACACACACACACACAAAGAGCUUCCUCUCAGCCUCAGUGUGCCUGUAUCUCUAAAGAGUUGACCUCACAAGUGAGCACGCUGCAUCACUGUGAGAACUGGUGUUUCUGGGCGGUGCAAAGUAGAGGAGAGCACAUCAGUGCAGGAUAUCUGAGCACAGCAGAGCACAGAGAGGCAGGCACAUCCGCUGCUGGAGGGAUCAAAUCUGUACCAUCUGACGCCAAGGAUUUAUAGGUUUAGUCAAAAUUGCUUUUCCCACAGUGGAGAUUAAGCACCAUAGCAUGUUUUCCACUCAGGCUGUAGAAUAGCCCAGUAGCUUCUGCUGUUGCUGUUGCUGUUUUUCUCCCUCUUAUCGGCUCCAGUGCUGGAGAAGGGAAUGUGUCAGGAAGGCAGAGUGCUGCAAACCCUGGAGAGGAAUAGACCGUGACUGACAGGAGAGGUCCGUCCUCUGGGGAAUGUGAAUCAUGCAGGUGGACGCUGUUAUUGUGCUCUUCUGUGUUUGGCUCGCGGGCGCAGCUGGGAAGAUAGCCCAGCCGAAGGGUCUUAAGCUGGAGACCUACAAACAAAGCAGGUCACGAAGAGAUACCAGAAUUGAUGGAGGUGGAGGCCACAAAUCUGGAAACCCAAUUUACAAACGAAGUCCAGACAUGACUAAAUCUCUGAUGACAAAAUCUGAGCAGCUCCUGAGAAUAGAUGACCAUGAUUUUACCAUGAGACCAGCAUUUGGAGGUCCUCCAAUUCCUGUUGGAGUAGAUGUUCAGGUUGAAAGUCUGGAUACCAUCUCUGAAGUAGAUAUGGACUUUACCAUGACACUGUACCUACGCCACUACUGGAAGGACGAGCGGCUGUCAUUCCCAAGCACCAACAACCAAAGCAUGACCUUCGACAGUCGCCUAGUGAAGAAGAUUUGGGUUCCUGACAUUUUCUUUGUCCACUCCAAGCGCUCGUUCAUCCAUGACACCACCACAGAUAACGUCAUGCUGAGGGUUUAUCCUGAUGGCAAUGUGCUCUACAGUCUCCGAGUCACAGUCACUGCCAUGUGCAACAUGGACCUCAGCCGCUUUCCUCUGGACACACAAACCUGCUCACUGGAGAUUGAAAGCUAUGCGUACACAGAUGACGACUUGAUGUUGUACUGGAAGAAAGGAAACGAAUCCUUGAACAUCGAUGACAGAAUAUCUCUGUCCCAGUUUCUCAUCCAGAAAUUUCACACCACCACCAAGCUGGCAUUCUACAGUAGUACAGGUUGGUACAAUCGCUUAUACAUCCAUUUCACCCUGAGACGCCACAUCUUCUUCUUCCUGCUGCAGACUUACUUCCCUGCUACUCUGAUGGUUAUGCUCUCCUGGGUGUCUUUCUGGAUUGACCGCAGGGCCGUACCUGCCAGGGUGCCACUAGGCAUCACCACAGUGCUGACCAUGUCCACCAUCAUUACCGGGGUCAACGCCUCCAUGCCGCGGGUCUCCUACAUCAAAGCAGUGGACAUUUACCUCUGGGUCAGCUUUGUCUUUGUCUUCCUGUCGGUGAUAGAGUAUGCGGCGGUCAACUACCUCUCCACCGUACAGGAGAGGAAGGAGAGGAAGCUGAGGGAGAGACUCCCGUGUACUUGUGGCAUUGGCAACCCAGAUGAGAUGAUGAUCGACCCCCAGAUCACUGGCUAUGGGUCUAUGGAUGUUGACACCACAGGGAAUUACGGAAUGCCGGAGAACAGCAGUCGCCAGGAGCAAAUGUUGGCCCAGGUGACACUGAACAACCGGCAAAUUGCUAACCAGGUAAAGCCAUCCAGAGGCUACGUGAACAUUUGGAUAGAUACCCACGCCAUAGACAAGUACUCAAGGGUCGUCUUUCCUGGCACAUACAUCUUCUUUAACAUCAUCUACUGGUCCAUCUACUCGUAACACUGGAUACACAAGUGCAACGUCUAUGACAGUCAUCCAUGAUGAGACACCACAAGCACUGCACUGAUGCUUUUUAGAUGAAGAAACUGCUCAUGAGAUCGAUUCGUGGCCAUUGCCUUCUUGACCCAGCCACUUAAAAAUGAGCUACUUACAAAUAAAGACAGUCGCUGGUUCUGUCACUUCAUCAAAUAUGUGUGGUUUCAUGCCGUACCUAUAGUGUCGUCGAUGGAAAGGCGUUUGGAUAUUGCUGUUCCCUGGGGACUUGCACACUGAGAUGCACAAACAUGGACCUAUGCAACUCUGCAGCUUUACUAUGUUUCAGUUCUUCAUAUAUUUCCAUAUAUUUCCCACAUAUGAAAAGAAUCACCCUCCUUUACAACAUAUAUUGUAUGAUCUAGACUUGACAAAAAAACAGUAGAAAAAUAUAUUUAAGAAAUAGUUUGACAUUUUGAGAAGUACACAUAUUUGCUUUCUGCUGGAGAGUUAGAUUAAAAGAUUAAUACGACUCUCAUAUUUGUUUUAAUAUAAGCUUAUAGCCAGCAGCUGGUUAGCUUAGCACAAAAAUUGGAAAGAGUUACAGCACAUACGUAUAAUUCAUGUUACACUUUCCUGUGACAUUUGUUUCAAUUUCAUAUCAAUAAUUUGACAAAGGC